GUGGAGAUGAAAAGAAAUUACAUGCUUGUAGAGCAAUUUUAGCUGCAAGAUCCGAAAUAUUCGAUAAACUACUUUAUAAUGGAAUGAAGGAAACUUAUGAGAACCAAAUUUCUUUCCCAGAAAUUAAUUCUGCUGGAAUGGAAAUUAUAUUAGAAUAUAUUUAUACUGGAUCAGUUAAAGAAGAAUCUUUAACAAAAGAUAAUACAAUUGAAGCUUUUUACGCUGCAGAUUAUUUUCAAUUAUCAGAUCUUCAAGAUUUUAUCACAAAAACAAUUAAGAGUACUAAUUUUGCAAAAAAUUAUUCUCCAGAGUUAUUAUCUAAAGUAUCAGAAGCGGUAUCGUUAACAGAAGAUAACAUUACUCUCAAUUUAUUAGUUGAAACAGUAGCAAAUAUAUCAUUGAACGAUAUUGAGUUUGGUAGAUUAUCUAUUAAAGGUCUUGAAUAUCUUUUAUCUUUUACACACGAGAAGAAAGAUAUACCCUUUGCAACUCGAGAGUAUGAAGUUUUUCGAUAUAGUACAAUUC